UGAGAUCUUUCCCUAACCUCAUAAUUUUCCACUUAGGGAUAAAAAUAAAUAACAUGUCGAUGAGACCAAUGAAACAGUUAAUAUAUAUCCCACGUGCUAUAUUUCAUAUUAAUUAGAUCUGGUUCAAGCAUUUAAGCAUCCUUAUGUGUCUUUGAGAUUUUUCCAUUCACACAUUGACCAAAAAAAGAGAGAGACCAAGACUCCAAGAGAGAAAAACAAUGGAAGAACUAGGAGUGAAGAGAAGGAUAGUAUUGGUUCCAGUUCCAGCACAAGGUCAUGUAACUCCGAUUAUGCAACUCGGGAAGGCUCUUUACUCCAAGGGCUUCUCCAUCACUGUUGUUCUCACACAGUAUAAUCGAGUUAGCUCAUCCAAGGACUUCUCUGAUUUUCAUUUCCUCACCAUCCCAGGCAGCUUGACCGAGUCUGAUCUCAAAAACCUUGGACCAUUCAAGUUUCUCUUCAAGCUCAAUCAAAUUUGCGAGGCAAGCUUCAAGCAAUGUAUUGGUCAACUAUUGCAGGAGCAAGGUAAUGAUAUCGCUUGUGUCGUCUACGAUGAGUACAUGUACUUCUCCCAAGCUGCAGUUAAAGAGUUUCAACUUCCUAGCGUCCUCUUCAGCACGACAAGUGCUACUGCCUUUGUCUGUCGCUCUGUUUUGUCUAGAGUCAACGCAGAGUCAUUCUUGCUUGACAUGAAAGAUCCCAAAGUGUCAGACAAGGAAUUUCCAGGGUUGCAUCCGCUAAGGUACAAGGACCUGCCAACUUCAGCAUUUGGGCCAUUAGAGAGUAUACUCAAGGUUUACAGUGAGACUGUCAACAUUCGAACAGCUUCGGCAGUUAUCAUCAACUCAACAAGCUGUCUAGAGAGCUCAUCUUUGGCAUGGUUACAAAAACAACUGCAAGUUCCAGUGUAUCCUAUAGGCCCACUUCACAUUGCAGCUUCAGCGCCUUCUAGUUUACUUGAAGAGGACAGGAGUUGCCUUGAGUGGUUGAACAAGCAAAAAAUAGGCUCAGUGAUUUACAUAAGUUUGGGAAGCUUGGCUCUAAUGGAAACUAAAGACAUGUUGGAGAUGGCUUGGGGUUUACGUAAUAGCAACCAACCUUUCUUAUGGGUGAUCCGACCGGGUUCUAUUCCCGGCUCGGAAUGGACAGAGUCUUUACCGGAGGAAUUCAGUAGGUUGGUUUCAGAAAGAGGUUACAUUGUGAAAUGGGCACCACAGAUAGAAGUUCUCAGACAUCCUGCAGUGGGAGGGUUUUGGAGUCACUGCGGAUGGAACUCGACCCUAGAGAGCAUCGGGGAAGGAGUUCCGAUGAUCUGUAGGCCUUUUACGGGAGAUCAGAAAGUCAAUGCGAGGUACUUAGAGAGAGUUUGGAGAAUUGGGGUUCAAUUGGAAGGAGAGCUGGAUAAAGGAACAGUGGAGAGAGCUGUAGAGAGAUUGAUUAUGGAUGAAGAAGGAGCAGAAAUGAGGAAGAGAGUUAUCAACUUGAAAGAGAAGCUUCAAGCCUCUGUCAAGAGUAGAGGUUCCUCAUUCAGCUCAUUAGACAACUUUGUCAAUUCCUUAAAAAUGAUGAAUUUCAUGUAGUCCCUGUUUUGAAGUCAAAACUGUAUCAGAAGAGAUUCUUUAUAAUCAUCAUGAAUCAAAUGGCAUAAAAGGAGAUGGUUUCUAUUUUUAGAGUAAUGUUUUGGCAGUUGUAUCUAAAAAUAAAAGAGUUUCUGCAUUUAUAGACAAAAUCAUUGUUCACAUGAUAAGAGAUAAAGAGCUUGGGCUUCUCCAUUACAGUUGCUGAGGCCACGUUUCAACCACUUGAAACUUUCAUUUAGGUUACUUUAAUAAUAUUUCACUGUCACCAAACUAAACAGCUCAACUAAGUC